GCUCAUCAACAACCUGCUGGAAAUGAUACUGUGGUCGUGCUCCUGUGCAAGAAGCAACCAAGCAUCCUCGCAGAACAGUGUACUAUAUCUGUUAUCCCUACCCUGUCUGUGCUCUUGCUUUGGUGGCUAACACAAUCCUCGUCCUCUUUCCAGAGCACUCUUUGUUUUUUUAAGCUUUGCUAGCUUUGCUCUACCUCCUCUUUUACUCCUUUUUGUUUUGCCGGCUCUCUCCAGUCGCCACUAAAUCCUAAGUAAUUCCUCCUUUCUUCCCCAUUUGAAACACGGAGAGGCUUGAACUCGUCCUGCCCAGCUCCAGUCAGCGUUACACAUUGAACCUCCUGACUUCCAUUUCAACAGAGAUACCACUGCCGACCCAGCAACGACACCACAGGACAGAAAAGCCUUUCUCUUCUGUCUUCUCACGAAUAAAGAACAACGACAACAACAACUUCAACAAGAAAAACUUUUCAGGUCAGAAACCAAACCCAGAACCGCCCAUGUCAUCUGUCCCUUCUUCCACCUUGACUCAAACUUCAGCUGCAGCUGCAAACGGUAGCAAUGCAGCUGCAGUUAAGAGCAGCGAUGAGGACCAGAACCUGAAAUUCCAAUUGAAACAGAUUGAAGAAGCAGCUAAGUUGGCGUUCGAAAAUAAUGAUUACUUUGUCCAGAUUUUAGAUACAAUAGUCGCCAUUAGUUUGGCGCAGCCCUUGAACAACACAAAACUACAGAUAAAGUGCUUGAACUUCAUCCACAAGUCCUUUGUCUCCAAGCAGAUUAGCUCUUUUGACCUGAGAGUGCAGAAUUGUCUGAAAUUGGUGGACAUGUUGUCCAAGUUUAUAAUCAAUAGUGAAGUGGCUAUAAAUCUGGAAAAAAUAAGCUAUAAUUUGAUCCAGAAAUCAAUUGAAAUUUUUGCUUCCGUCUAUGGCUUGAUGUUUUUACAGCUGACAAGGUUCCCUGAUUCUCAAAGUUGGUCCAAAAUCUCGAAACUGAAAGAUUUUUUGAUCUCUAAGUGGCCUUCUGCUUAUCCCUUAUUGCCUCUUAAUAAGGAAACCGAUCUCACCAGAUCAACCGGCUGUAAAAUCGCUUUGGCAAAGCUACUUGGUAAAGUUAUCCAAACUCAGCUGCCAUGUCCACCAAACUCUAUCAACCCGAAAAACGACCUUUCAGCUGUCACAGAUGAUAAUAUGGAUAUCUCAAUAUCCCUCGUGAACAAAAAUCACCCAUUUCUUUACAGUUCGUCAUUGAAUACGCAGGGACAAAUGUUAAUUGACUACAUAUUAAAUCUACUAAAUAACGAUGCUUUGCUACCUACCUCAUUUUUUUCAACUCUAAUAGCCAUUUUGAUGUCGUUGUUUAAAACGAGACCUAACUUCACUUCCAGUAAAAUCUUAGGCUUCAUACUAGCAUAUGAAUCACAGUUUAAAAAUCCUCCCAAGUUUGAAACAGAUAAGUUGAAAGUGAGGUUGACUAGAAGAUUCAACGAUAGGAUAGACAGAAUACUUAUGUCAAUGUUACUCAACAGAGGGUUCAUUGACAAGGACCCUCCUCUCAAGUCAAGAUUCGCUAAUAAGUUAUCGUACAUGGUUGAGAAAUCCAACAAACAGAAGAAGAGAAGUAUCUUAUCGGAUGAAAAUGAUAUUGAGGACGAACACAGAAGUGAAGACGAAAACUCUCAAAAACUGAAAAGGCGGAAGCUCGACACUGAAAAAAGCAUUGACUUUUUUGAUGAAUCUAGAAUUGCUAAGGAAGAGACGUAUAAAGGUAUUUAUACAUUGAUUAACCCAAAAGAUGAGUUGGCCAAUUUCGACAUAUCGGCAAUUCCAAGUGAGUUUAUAAAUAACAUUGUGAUUUUAGGUUUAUCCAAAACCGAUACGAAUAAACUCAAUGCAGGAUUGGAAAUUAUAAGCUCAAGAUAUCUAGAUCUGUAUAAUAGGUUCCAACUAAGGGAGCAGCAACAACAAUCUGCAAACAACUCUUCUGACAAUAAGCUCAAUGCGCAAGAUAAACAGCAAAAUAAAAAUAAUGAAGAAGAUGAUUUAUACGAUCCUUCUUCCGGAGUUGUCAAAAAAGAAGAAAAUGGUAAUGAUCCUGAUAAAAAGGACGAAGAGUUUGAUUUCGAGCUAGAAAGUAAAAAUUUUGAGUUGCCACUUCCAAAAAUCUUGGAUCCAGAUGAAAAACAAGACCAAAUAAAACUGAUAGUCGAUAAUUUCAUAAAAACCUCUUCAGCCAAAUUUGGUAAUGAUAAAGACAGUGAAGCAAAUAAAACAGAUACUCAAGAAUUGAAAAAAGUAGCAAUUUCCAGAUGGAAGAGAAAUUCAUGGAUUAAAUUACUUUCAAGACUGGCAACGAGAGGAACGAAGCUUAAUCCUGAGAUCUCGAAUUAUAUCAGAGACUCACUCUUCAAUUAUUUUAAGGAGGAUAUCAAAGGUCGUAUAGAUGGUGUCAUAGAAUGGUUGAACGAAGAAUACUAUGAUGAGUUUAUUGUGUCAAAAGACGAAAGUAAAGAUAUGUCAAGUUCCAAUUAUAUGAAAUACACUGGAUUAGUGUUAGACUACUUAAUUCCAUUCCUCGAACCAAGCGAUAGGAAUAUUUUUAUCAGACUAUUGAGUGAAUUACCGUAUCUCGAUUUGAGUUUGAUUUCGAAACUAAGGUCGGUCUGUACCGACCCUGUCAGAUCUAAAAUAGGCUUCCAGCCCUUACUUUACUUGAUCAUGUUCCGACCACCAGUUUUUGAUGACUGCAUCAAUUUUUUGAGUGAUUUGUACAAUUAUGCUGUUGAGAGAAACAAUGGGCAAUUACAGAAUGAAUGCCUCGGUUAUUUGAAAAAAUACAAACCAACUAUCAUACCUUCUUUGGAGAAGCCACCUCAGGACAAUGCUGUUACAGCUGAUACCAGUUAGUCAGCUACAUGAGCAGCACGUAUUUACAUUAAUGUAUAAAAUUUUUAAUUCUAUGUAACAAAUUACAAAAGUCCUUGUUU